AUGGCCGCCACACCCCAACACCCCGACAUGGACAAGAACAAUGGCGAAGCCGCUUUCACAUUUGAGUCUGUGGGGCCCAAUUCAAAUCAGCUUACUUCUAGCCAUCGGGAAUACCUUCUCCAGAGGCAUGGAACGCUAAAUCUCAAACCUGUUCCAUCCCAGGACCCGGCCGACCCUCUGAAUUGGCCGGCCUGGAAAAAAAACCUCAACCUCUUCAUGGUGUCUCUACAUACCAUGGUCGCUGCGGUUUGCUGUACAGGUCCGAUUCCAGCUAUCGAGAUCUGGGCUCACUUGUAUCAAAAAACACCAAGUGAUGCCAGUUAUCUUGUUAGCGUCGUGCUUGCCAUGCUGGGUAUCGGUCCGCUUGUCUUCGCUCCCCUCUCUAACACCUUUGGACGCCGACCUGUCUGGAUUCUCACUAUCUUCUGCGCCAUGCUGUUAAAUAUUGGAGUUUCAUUCGUCCAGAGCUAUGGAGGUCACAUCGCCUUAAGGAUCCUGAUCCCAUUCUUCCUGUCCCCACCCAUUGCACUUGGGGGUGCCGUUGUGGCAGAAACCUUCUUUGCUUCUCAAUGGGCAGCCAAACUGGGGCAUGCACGCAAGUCAAUUAACUCGGACAGUAUCCCUGGAGGCCCGUUCCUGAUGGGUUUCGUCGUUGAACACCUAUCAUGGCGAUGGAUGUACCGUAUCUUCGCAAUUGUACUCGCCGCCGAACUCAUCGUGUUCAUUGUGCUCAGUCCGGAAUCGCUAUACAUCCGCACAGUGCCGGAUGAAGCCCCCACAGCGACCAACGAACCCCGGACAAGAAGAGUGGUUGGCCGAUUUCGCUUUCGACAGAUCAACCCCAAGAAACUUACAGUUAGAAGCUUCCUUGAGCCACUCUUCUUGCUUGGCCACGUCAAGAUCUUAGUGGCAACUAUUUCAUAUGCAAUGGUGUUCAACUGGGUUCUUGUAUUGCUGAUGGUUGAAGUUUCACCGCUUUAUGGCGUAUACUUUCACUUGAACGCACAACAAAUCGGGAUCAACUACCUGUCUUUCCUUGUUGGGUCAAUUUUAGGAGAACAAGUCGGCAGUCGGCUGUGCGAAUUCGCCCAUCGACGCCGAGUUGCUCACAAGACCAAAGCCGGCAAGACUAUGAUUCCAGAAGAUCGUCUUAUCUUUGCCCAGAUCGGCUUUCCAACAAUCAUCGCUGGUAUUGUCAUCUUCUUCGUGCAGGUUGCGAAAGCAACGGAAGGCAAGGGUCCACAUCAUUGGAACAUCACACCAGAUAUCGGAAUUGCCCUCGCAGGCUUCGGCGCCCAGAUUGUCACUACAACCAUUUUUACCUAUUGCAUUGAUGUCUGCCCAAAAUCUCAGUCUGCUUCGGUGGGCACGGCCAUCAACUUCGUCCGUCUCGAAUGGAGUUUUGUAAGCUUUUGUGGCGCCAUCACCAUGAAAGUUGUAUUUUACUGA